AUGUUGACAUCCGUAAAUGCCGUGAUGUCAACGUCACCGUCACCACCGCCAGGAUCCUCUGUUACACCGUUUCCAGCAACCCAACAGCAACAGCAACAACAUCAGCAGCAACAACCAACAUUAGUAUCGUCAUCGUCGUGCUUUUCUUCAUCCGCAACCAUCAGCUCUAGCAGCAGCAGCAGCCACAGCGGCGGCACUAACAUCACUAACGCCGCGCUAUCGCUAACACCUUCAGCAGCAUCAAACACCUACGUUUCAUCUCCGCUCUCGUCUCCACCGACAUCGGUUCCGGCAUUGGCGGCAGCAUUAAUGACCUCAACUGCAUCUACUACAUCAACAACACCACCAGCCGGAGGAGGGAAUUUUGCUACCGUCAGAGGCUGCCCAGCCGCCAUAACGUCGACAUUACCACUCCUUGCAUCACCGUCAUCAUCGUCCUCGCAGCAACGCCACCAUCAGCAGCUGGUUUCGCUAUCCUUCUCUUCAUCUUCGCCAUCAGCAGGAUCAACAUUUUCGGCGCCAUCAUCAUCUCCACCGACCUUGGUACAAUCAUCAACAGUAGCUUCGGCAACAUCAUCACUGUUGAUAAAUCAUCUCACAAGCAACCACAACGGCGGCAGCAGGACCACCAUUGGGAAAACGUCUGCAUCAUCACCUUAUGUCAUUUCCAAUCGCGAUGAUCAACGGGAGCAGUCAAAAGAGGAGAGACGAGCGGAUGAAGGACAAGUGCCGAUUAUGGUUGGCGCAACAAAUUGUAGCAACAACAGUGGCGGCAGCAGCAGCAUGUUACAGAAGAAGGCCCCUCUAGUGAGCGUGGUGAACGAUAUCGCAGCUGGUCUGGCGAAUGCCGUUGCUGCUGCGGUUGCCGAUGCGGUGACAGUGGCUACGAUAGGCCGGAAUUUGAAUCUGAAUACCACAAAUUCACAACAGCAGCAGCAGCAGCAGCAGCAACAAAAUCAGCAUUCCAAUAAUGGAAACAACUUUUCGCAACUUCGGCAACAGCUGGAGAUGGGAAGUGGUGGUAGUUCUUCAGCAGCAGUGGUCAAUGUAUCUCCACCGCCACCAAUCGCUGGAAAGUAUAUCUCUCCUCAAGCUCAGAUAACGCAGCAACAACACAGCAGCUGUGUUGUGCACCCAGCAGCAGUUGUAAAGUGGUGAGCGCCAAUGCUGCUGCUGCUGUUGCUGCUACUGCUGCCACUGGUAGUCUUCAGUGGUAAAGAACGUAUAGUAACGUCUUGAAGGAAUAGCUCUGUUCAUCCUCUGGUUUUGUUGCUGUUGUUCAACCUCUCGAUUCUAUACCGUGGCCGUCAAAACCUCUCCUUCACAGCUGUGUUGUGUACAGUUUAUUGCUUUAGUUCGCAUCCCACCAUACGAUACGAUACGGCCACCACCGACAUGAGAUCCGCAGCAGGAGAGAGAGAGAACGUCGGAUCUUCUGGGCAUGUAGAAGUGUGUUGUUGCGUUGCUGCAUUGUUGUGCGGCCUCAUUGCGCUGCGUCGCUCAUCUCUGUACCCGUACAGGUGCGGAAAAAGGGAUGGCGACGAGGGCUGCAGAAGAAGUUAGUAGUAGUAGUAGUAGUAGUAGUAGACGUAGUAGAACUAGGAGAACGGCAAACCUAAAAUCCUAGGGCGAGAGAAGAGUAGUAAGGGCCGAAACCGCAUCUCAGCAUACUCGUGUGUUAUUGAAAGCGCAAAAUACUUAGUGAAAAAAGUAGUAGACAAAACAAAUAAUUCUUAGUAUAACGCGAAUCGGCCGUUCUCCGCGAAAACGCCCGGGCGCCCGCGGCUCCUUGUAACUCCACGCGCUGUUACUGCUGCUGCUGCGGCUGCUGCUGCUGCUGGGUGAUGUUUGUGAAAAGGAAACGGGUUCCGAUGUGCAGAAGGGGCAUAUAGACGAUUAUCUUCUUCUCAAUUUUUUUCUUCGGCUUCUUCGUUGCUUCUUUUUCUUUCAUUCUGCUGCUGCAGCCGCUGCCGCCGCUAUUACUACUGUUGGCUGAAAUGUGUGCGAUCUCGUUCGUUUUGUGUAUGUCAGCGUUUCCUCGCCAUCCAUCGUGAGCGUUCUGUGAGCGUUUUUAGUAGAAAACAGUUCUUGAUGAAGUUAAGACUCUCGUAAUUUUCGUCUUACUACGUCUAGAAUCAUUCAAACCACUUAGCUGCGCAACAAUAAGACAACCUUCUCCCAGGCAGACAUCACAUUACCUUCCAACCUUAUAUCUCCCUCCGAUAGCCCCAUCCAUCUGGACACCCAUCUUUUUCCCCCUGUUUUCAUUUCACAAUGGAUGGAGAAAAUGCGUUAAAAAUAAUUUAUGCAAUGUGAUAUUUUUUCGUCUGUACGUGUUAGCUAAUAUUAAUUAAUUAGUAAUAUGACAAAGCGAAGAAAGGACGCGCAACAGCGAGAGAGACAUACGAACAUACGGAACCGGAAUUGGAUCGCGAAAACGGAGGGAGAGGAGUAAGAAAGGACCUUUUUGUCAGGAAAAUGGAGAAGGUAAUGAAAAACACGGGAAUAGUGUUUUAGCAGCGGGCGGCAGCAGAGCGGAAAAGAGCAACCGAGCAUACACAACACAAACGCAAAUGCGCAAACAAUAAUAGUAAAGCGGCAGAAGAUGUUGAACAAAAAAAUGAAGUAAGAAGAGUGACACAUAGAGAGAAGGGAGGACACGGGAUGCCGUUUGCGCUGUCGCGCCGCUUGCCUGAUGAUGGCGUAGCGGGGAAGUGACCUGGCAUUAGGUGUGCCACAGGCAUAGGCAUGAAGAGGAAGGAAGAAGAACUCUUGGAAAAAUGUGGAGAAGAGCUAAAUCAUAAUUUUGUAAUACGACCUGUUUAAAGGUAGCGUUGAUCCAAAUACGCGCUGGAUGAAGAUGUCAGCAUAUGUUGUAAAGAAGCUCUGAAUGGGAAGAAAAAAUAGGGAAGAAAGCUGGAACCAAUAAAACGCCGGAUCGAAAGGAAAUGAAAUUCACAAACCCCCCUUUCUCCCGCUCAAACCAUUAUCACCGAGCGUGCUCCAGGUACAGCAUUCAUUCACGCACCCCCUACCUGCUACUGCUGAUUGUUGUUGGCAGGAUUCUACUUACCUUGCCUCCAGUGUCCACCGCGAGGCGAUCGAUCGUGCACCAGUCGUUCUAUUGUAGUUGAGAAAGGUGCCAUUCGCAAUCCCAAAAGCAGGAAGCGACGAUAGAUAGGAGGAUGGUAGUGAUCUGAUGGGGCCUAGUAGCGCAUCCAUUCCAUUCCAAGAGGUGGUUCGGCCUGGGAACAUGCGCAACGAGUUUCGCGAGUGGAUUGAAAGCAAUAGAAUUAAAACGAACAGACACAUAAACGAAAAACGUGCAUUUUGCACAUUUUCUGAGGUACAUUUCUCUCCUCUAGAACCGUACCUUUCCGUUGGAAGAUCCCCCCGCACCAUACCAUAACCUGUUUCCUUUACUCUGUCCAUUCGUAGCGUGUAUUGAUUUAAAGGAAGUAAGCGAUUAAGUUGUUUAGUGAGGAGGACGUAUUUUGCCAACCAAUCAAUCCCAACAACAUCAAUAGCAACAGCAGCAGCAGCAGCAGCAACAGUAACAGCAGCCAAGAAACACACAUAGUAAGGUAUCGUUUUAUGUUCGUUUUAAAACAGAAGCAUCAUCAGCAUCAUCAUCAUCACCUCAACUCAGCUCAUCAUCAUCAUCAUCAUUAUCAUCAUUUGCAAUGUCAAUCAGCGAUUGAUUCUCAUUAGCUCAUACAUCAUAGCUACGUUCAGCAGCCGGUAGCCGGCCAAAUACUAUUAAAUACGUGAUGAGAAAAGAGGGAGGUUGAUGGGAUGAAAGGGAGAAUGAAAACAAGCGUUUUUGUUUUGUUUAUUCUAAGAAUGGAACUACGACAGGAAAUCCAUGCAGAUAAAGCUGAGUGCAUCGAGAGAGUGAGAUAGAAAAGAGACAAUUGCCCAAAUGCCCCAAGAAUGCGGCGCGACGCGCGUUCCACGACAACCAGAAGAUAAUUCCAGCUUCCUUCAGCAAAGCCCAAGCUAUAAGCUGCCCAAUGGUGUGGAGUCCUCAUAACGCUUAAAUCUUCUUUGUUGUGGACACACUUUUCUGGUGUCAAGUAUUGGGGUCCUUUUGGGAGAUGGACUGCAGGGGCAGCAGGAAGAGAGGAAGAGUGGGUGUAGGUGGUUGGUGAACCAAGUGGUAUUGAGCGAGAGUGGAGCAAGUGGUAGAAUGAAGGUGGGAUCAAAUGAUGUUUUUGGGGUACGCGGGAGAGGAUAUCGAUACUUUCGGCAUUCCCCAUUGUGUCAUUGCUCUCUUCCCAGCGAAAAGUGGUUUGUUGGGAACGGGAUGCACGGGAAGAGGUGAUCAGGUGUGGGGGGACACGCGCGAUGAGAUACGGAACGGUUUUUCGAAAGGGUCAAAAGGAAGGAGGAGGAAUGGUUUCGUUGUUAUUUUUUAUGUAUGUUUGUGGCGUAAGAAAAUAAAUUAACGAAAGAAAAAAAAAACAAACAAACCCAAGAAUUGAAUAAAAAGCGGUUAAUGCAAAUGUGGUAGAGUGCAGUUGCUGUUCUCUCUUAACUCCUGGUGGGGGAGAAAGCGGUUGGUAGUAGAUAAAGUAAACACAUCGCAUGAAGAAGAAGAAGAAGAAACGUUGGAACAUAGCUGGUGUACUAAGGCAGGCACUAGGUGGAGAUAGUAGAGAGAGGAUUAGAGAGGGGGAGGUUAAGAGUAACAACAAAACAACACACAAAUAAAAGAGAGAAAGCAGCAAAAAGAAAGGAAAGAAGUGAGUGACGGAAAACGGAACAGUAAAACCACAGCAAACAAACAAAACAAUGAUAAGUAAAUUUAGUACGAUGGCUUCAUAUGUGAUUAUAAACGAUAAAAAAGAGGUAACAAAUAAAAUAAGAACGUAUGAAAAACA